UUGUCAGUAGCGCGUUGUACGUUGACCGUUACAUUACGUGUCGAGCCGGCGAGCGACACGCAUACCGUAGAGUGUGUUCCGUUCCGUUGUAUGUGUGUGUGUGUGUGAGAUCAAAAUAUUUCAUUGACUCUUGAGACGUUUCGUCGACAUCGCGUUAAUUUCGGAUCGUCGUAGCUAUACGAGACAUUAAUCCAUUGAAAUCUUAAGUUAAUUUAGUAAUAAUAUAAUCGACAAAUUAAUAUAGUCUAUGUGUAUCAAUCGUCAUGAAUAAAAUCACGAAUAACUGAAUCGUUUGAUGACAUUAAUAAUUGAUCAAACUUUGAUUUGAUUGAUUAUAUAUAUUGAUGAAUAAUGGAUUUUAUCAAUCGCUGAAAUUAUUCGUGUUUACGUACAUAAUGAUUAGUUUAUUUUGAUUGCUGAUUUGACGUUUAUUUUAGCUAAAGAAAGAUUUCAAUCGAUCAAUGCUCAACGUGUACGUGUGUGUACAAGUGUCAGUGCCAAUACCACGACGGAGCAGCUGCUGGUAGCAGGAUGCUGGAUCGGGAAGCCAGGAUGGCGGAAGCAGGUCACCAGGACUGAGCAGCGGUACAUCAUGUAUCUCCAGGCAAAACAGAUACGACGAGAGAAGUAAUAGUUAUAAGGUCGGUCCAGUGUCGGAUUUACGAGGCAGUAAUACAUUCGGUGCGACGCGCAAGAGUACUAAAACAACAACUGCAAGAAAGGUAAACACAAUCCCUCUCCCGUCGUCAACAAUCGUCGUUUAUCACAAUGAGCACCGGAUGAUCUCAUAAUCAAAACAUUCACGACUUCCACGCGACGGUUAAGUUGUGUACCUCUAACGGACUCUUCCGUCAUUCAGUCCCGGGCCGACGAGCGAGGCGCACGUUGUCUCGAUACGUUAUCUAUUGUUCCUCUAUACAAGCAAAACAUCCAGGACCUUCGAGGCGGUCACGUGUCUCGCGGACUCUUCCGACUUUUUCUAUUCAGUUGCCAACCGGCGAGCGACACAUCACGAACUGUGCGUAUCGGUGUCGAGUGAUUAAACUAUUUCUUUCGAAACGCAUAAUUAUUCUCUCGUUGACGUCGCGUUAUUUAACACGUGUAUCUUCGAUUGAAUCGUGUCUACGCGAGUGUCAGUGUCCAGUGUCAGUGCUAUGACGGAACAGCCAGGAUAUUUGGUCGACAAGCCGGAACGGAGAACGCAGGACGCAAGGACGGCGAGGAUAGCGACGCAUCAUAUAUUUCCCAGAUGCUUCUAUUCAGUCCCGAGCCGACGAGCGACACGCAUACUACCAGACUACGUGUGUCAGUGUGUUACCUAUUGUUUCCCCACACAACAUUCGAGUCCUUCAAGGCGGUCAAAUUUACCCGCGUGCCUCGCGACUUCGCCGGAUGUUCCCAUUCAGUUUCGGGCCAGCGAGCAACACGCACACAACGGACUACGUGUGUCAGUGCGUUAUCUAUUGUUCCUCCCGGGUGAUUGAAUUAUGUCGUCGGUAUUUUGAUAUACUUAAUCAGUCUAUCCACGGCAUCGCGUUAUUAAACACGUGUCUUCGAUCGAAUCGUGUCGUGCGCGAGUGUAAGUGUCAGUGUCGACGGAGCAGUCAGGAUCAGUGUUGGGUCGAGAAGCCAUGACAGAGGAUGCAAAGCGCCGGGCAGUGAUACUUCAUAUAUUUUUCAAGAUGUUUCCAUUCAGUUUCGGGCCGGCGAGCGACAUGUAUACAACGGAUCACGUGCGCCGGUGCGUUAUCUAUUGUUUCUCUACACAGUCAAAACAUUCAGGACCUUCAAGACGGUUAAAUUUACCCGCGUGCCUCGCGGACUUCCCGGGUGUUUUCAUUCAGUGUCGGGUCGGCGAGUGACACGCACACAACGGACUAACGUGUCAGCGCGUUAUCUAUCGUUUCCCUCGGCUGAUUGAAUUAUUUCGUCGGGAUAUUCAGUUAGCCUUUCGUCGGCAUCGCAUUAUUAAACACGUGUGAACUUUGAUUAAUUCGUUAUUACGCGAGUGUCAGUGUCACGAUGGAGCAGUCAGGAUGCUGGAUGAGUCGAGAAGCCAGGACGAAGACACAGGAUGCCGGGACGCGGACAUUGAUACUUCAUACAUCUUCAUAUAUCUUCAAGGAGCGCAGCGUUUUGCCUAAAUACUACACGAGGAUAUCUCCAGUCAUUAGACCUUUGCCCUCAGCUCAGAGUCGCAGUGGACUGUUCGUUGAACACUACUCUAGUGACUAACGUUAGUCCUUUCAACAGCUAAACAGCCCUCAUCGCCGAAAAGAAGUACUUUGCGGCGACACCAGCAAAGGAUCAAACCAUACCGAAAAUCUACUAUACCGAAAAUCUGAGGAAUAAUACUCAAAGAACCCUGAACGGACCACAGAUCUAUGAUCCAUUGGAUAAAGGUUAAAACAAUUACAAACAACUCGAUCCUCGAUCCUAAUGUCUACCAAGCAGAAUCCCAUUAGCGAUAUCCUGGAGAUGGGAGAUUCGCAUGUAUCUACCCGCCAAUCAUUUACGGAGGUACAGAAUAGCGAUAGCGCACCAAAAUCGCCCAAAAGGGGCAUUCAACAGGACCCGAUUAACGAUACCCUGGAACUCCAGGAGGAGGGAGAUUCGCAGCAUGUAUCUACCCGCCAAUCAUUUAAGGAGGUACAGAAUAGCGAUAGAGCACUAAAACCCAAAAGGGGCACUCAAAUACUGGUCGCAUUAUUGAUAUUAUUAGCCUCAAUGAUAACUAACUAUUUAAAUACGCACAUACUGUUACUAUGCAUUAUAAACACGAAUAAUACUAAAGAGGAUGCUAAUAGUACAAAUAUAGCGAAUUUUGAAAUUACCAUGCAAAUGGAUACGUGGAUCAGGGAAUACAUGAUUAUUAUACCUCUAAGUGCAUUUUUCGGAGGAAUUGCUGGAGGGCCAUGCAUCGAGUAUCUCGGAAGAAGAUACACGAUACUAGCCACAACGCUCCCAUAUAUCGGAUCAUUUAUUUUAAUCGUGUUGACUCAGGACGCCACGGUGUUGUUAGUAGGACCCGCAUUAUGCGGAUUUAGCAUGGGCAUUAUUUCCUUAUCGCUAUCUGUGUAUUUAUGCGAGACAAUGCAGACAAAAUUGCGCGGUCGUCUUGGCACAUUGCCCAAUACAUUUGGUAACUACGGAACAAUAAUAUGCGUGAUAUUGGACAUUUUUCUGGCCCGGGAAAAAAUGUUGCUGCUAAGCGCGAGUCUGCUUAUAUUCCUGAUUUUUAUAUUGUCUCUGACCCCUGAGACGCCGGGAUGGUACAUCUCUAAGGGAAAGACAGCGCAAAGUCAAAAAAUUCUGCAAACGCUGCGCGGCACAGACACCGAUAUAACCGACGAACUGACUAUGAUCGAGAAGUUAUUCAUCGAGAACGAACGAAACGUCUCUCAUAAUACAAUCUCGAAGUUGCUGAAGAGAAACAAUCUGAAGCCACUGCUUGUUUCCCUGGGGCUGAUGUGGUUCCAACAAAUGUCGGGCACCUACGUGGUUCAAUUCUACAUGUGGGAAUUUAUCGAUAUCACCUCAACGAGCCUAAGUAUGUUCCGCUUCGUGUACUCCAUAUCUCACUUCAUCUUCACGCGCUAUAUCGACAAAGGCAGAAAGAAACUGCUGUAUAUAAGCAGCGUGUUGAUGGCUUUGUCGCUCUUCUCUUUCGGAGGGCUCCUUUACGCCAUACCGAAAGAUGUCGACGGGAGUUUGAAAUUCCUGCUGGGGAUCAACCUAAUUGUGUACAUGAUAGGCUAUUUGAUAGGCUUUGGUCCGAUUCCCUGGCUGAUAAUGGGCGAGAUCUUGCCGGCCAAAACCCGUAGCUCGACCGCCAGUAUCGUGACCAGUUUCAAUUGGAUGUGCAACUUCAUAGUGGCGAAGACUUUUAAAAACGUCGUAGCGGUGAUCGGCAAGCCCGGCAUUUUUUGGCUGUUCGGCGUCUUCGUUGUGGUAGGUUUCAUCUUCGUGAUCAUCAGCGUGCCGGAGACGAGCGGCAAGUCACCCAAGGAGAUUGAGGAGAGUUUUAAGAAGAAUGAGUAGAAGAAUGAGCGCAGCCGCCAACUAAAGCCGAUGCCAAUGGCCUGCUAGCUUCCGAAUCGACUCGACACUCAAGCACGAUUUUUAUCAACAAGCAAAUUUGCCCAAGCAAAAAAAAAUGGGAUUCACGGUGUCACUUUAAGGAAAAGAUUUCCUCGCAGAUCAAGCGACGCGGUAGCGUGAUAAUGGCACAAAUAAAUUUUAAGUUUCAUAAAAUGAACGUUAAAUUUUACUAUUAUGAAAAAUAUAUAUCAAUUUAAUUGACAUAAAAAUUAAUCAUUUUUGUUUUGUCCUAUUGAUUAAAAGUUUAUAUAAAUUUUAAAUCCCAUAGAACUGGCUUUUGAUCAAGACCAACUAAAGUACAAAAACUUGGUGUGCUAUAUUUUUAUAUUAAAAAUGCAGAAUUCUUUUUGUUUUUUUAUCUAGAACUGUGGAACUAUAAAAAGUGCUAAUAGAACUAUCAUUGUUUCUUUUUGAAUUUGUAAAAUGUUAUGCCCUAGUUUCACAGACGUUUCAAGAUUGCCGUGAGAGAUAUUUCUUCUCAUCUCUGAAGCUUCACAUCUCGCGUCCGCAGAAGUACCCUGUGCUCUAUCCAGAUAUUCCGUAGUCUAUAUAGGUCCUUCAGAUAGGAAGUUUAUAAAAUCGAUGUAGGAGCAAAAGAGUGAGGCCAAAUGCCCAUAGACAACGCUCCUAUUUUCGUGCCAGUGAAAUUAAACAACAAUAUAGGUACACGGAAAAAAAAAAUCUGCUAAAUAUAGACAACUAACAUAAUUCGCUGUAUUAGCCACUUUUUCUUUGUUGCAGGAGCCAAUUUCCUUGCUAUGAUAACAAAAAAAUCUGCUCCUGCAACAAAAAAAGUAGCUAAAGCAAUAAAUAAUGUUUAGUUGUUCAUGUGUAGCAAAUUCGCUACG